AUGGAGGCUGGGAUACUGAAUGACCCAUACUACCGUAAGAAUGGACGAAGUUUAAACAUUGGGGCGGGAGAGGAGACUGGCAAUACAAUAGAAACGUUUGAAGUACCGAGUGAUGUUUUACAAAUGGACAAAAUCCUCUUGUUUUGUGAGGGACUGGACACGAUAGCGACAGUGACCAUCAAUGACAAAUGGUUGGAAAAUCUGACAAUAUGUUUGUUAGAUAUAUCUUUGAUAAUCAAACCAGCUCUCAAGGAAAUGAAUACUAUUACUGUAGACUUCACAUCACCUGUAAGUUAUGGACUGGAGAGAGCAGGGUCUACUGAGUACAAUAUUCCACCUGACUGCCCGCCAUAUUAUUUCCAUGGUGAAUGUCACAGAAACAUGGUGAGAAAGAUGCAGUGUGCUUUUAGCUGGGACUGGGGACCAGCAUUCGUCACCAUGGGAAUCUGGGACCCUCCGUGCCGCCGAGCAGUUAAGGUCGCCGACUUCAAGUCGCUUUCCCCUUAUCGCUACAACGAUGUUUGGAGAUUACAUGUGGAUGUAUUUACGCGAAAUAGUGACAAUAUCGGCGGGAAAGGAAUCUUAGAGUUGACACUUGAAGAUACUGAUGUUAGUUUAGUGAGAAAAGCGAAACUGAACGGUGGCUCUCAGAAAUUGACAGCAGAGUUUGAUAUUCCAAAGAAAACAGGAAUCAUUGCCUGGUGGCCGAGAGGAUAUGGUCCACAGACUUUGUACAAUUUAUCAGUCGCACUGAAAACCGAACUUGGAAUUCUUCUAUCAGAGAAGACUGUAAGAUUCGGAUUUAGAACCGUUAAGCUUGUGCAGGAACCGAUUUCAGCUCGAGAACGUGACGGACUUUCAUUUUAUUUUCGCAUAAACGACCAUCCAAUAUUCCUAAAAGGUUCAAACUGGGUACCAGCAGACAGCUUUCCGGAACGAGUUACCAAGGCUAGAAUCAGGAACUACUUACAGUCAGCAGUUGACGCAAACAUGAACUGUCUGCGAGUAUGGGGUGGUGGUAUUUAUGAAACGGAUUACUUUUAUGAUUUGGCGGAUGAAUAUGGCAUCUUAAUUUGGCAAGAUUUCAUGUUUGCAUGUGCAUUGUACCCGGCAAAUGAAGAGUUCCUGUCAUCGGUGAGAGAGGAAGUUACUUAUCAGAUUAUACGACUGAAAAAUCACCCAUCGGUAUUCGUCUACAGUGGAAAUAAUGAGAACGAAGUAGCCAUCACUGGAGGCUGGUGGCCAGGUGUAUUUAGAAAUCAGAAAUUAAUGUCAGACUAUGUGAAGCUUUACAUAAACACAAUUCAAGACAUUGUUAAAGAAGAUGAUCCAACGAGACCGUUUUUGAUUUCGAGUCCCAGUAACGGCGUACGUACAGUUAUGGAUGGUGGUAUAUCUAAUACAGACCCAGGGGGUGUAUUGUAUGGUGACAUUCAUGACUAUCAAUACACACAACCUUUCUUCGACGAUAUGACAUACAAAGUACCAAGAAUGGCAUCGGAAUAUGGUCUCCAAUCAUUUCCUAGCUUAGAGUCAUUGGAUGAAGUGUAUGAUAAACGAGAUCUUUUCUACGAGUCAGACCUAAAUGACUACAGGCAACACCAUGCUGGCGGAAAUCUUCAGAUGCAGCACCUUAUAACCAUGUAUAUGUUGCCUCCAGAAAGCAGUGUUCCACAUCAAAGGUUUGAGGAUAUAAUCUACUGUACACAGAUUGUGCAAGCAAUUGCUAUGCGAACGGAGACGGAACAUUAUCGGCGAUGGCAAAGUGAAGUCAAUCUAUACGGCGAGGGAAAGACAAUGGGCGCAAUGUACUGGAUGUUUGCCGACAUCUGGCAAGCUCCCUCUUGGUCUUCUAUCGAAUACGGAGGUAAAUGGAAAAUGUUGCAUUACUACGCAUACCACUUCUUCUCACCUGUUUUAAUUUCACCGUAUGUGAGCAGAGACAAGUUACAAGUGUACGUUGUUGUUGAUGAACUACCGAAGUUUCAGCGCACAUAUCUUCUGGAUGGCAAAACAUUUUCACAGAAAAACAGCAAAUUUGGCACAUUUUCAAGUUCGUGGAAGCACAUACUGUUAGAUCUUCUAAAGGAUAAUUUAGAAGGAAGUAAUGAGGCACUGUUGUUAUUGUCUGGUACUGUUUACCUGCGUGUAUACUCCUGGGACAACAUGGAGCCAAAGCAUACAGAAGAAAUAGCUUUUGAGCUGUAUAAACCUGCCGAACAAGUUUAUGAAGAAUCUGUGGCAAAUCUUGUCUGGAAAGCCGAUUGUGGUGCACCAGAACAUUGUUUCAUUGUUCUGUAUAUCGGCGACCUCAAUAAUGGACUUUCCACGUGGUAUCCCUUGACAACAUUUAAGAAAUCGAAAGGUUUAAGAGUACCAAAUAUGAAGGUUGACCAGAUUAUGGAAUCAGAAGACAGAGACACAUUUGAAAUACAUCUUAUAACGGACGCCAUCGCUCCGUUUGUUUGGCUGGAAGCUUACAGCAUAAAAGGAAGGUUUUCAGAUAACGGAUUUCUAAUGUUCCAAGCAGAGAAAACCAUUGUGUUUUAUGCGUGGGAAAGUACAGAUGUGGAUACGCUAAAAGAUAUUAUUUCUGUUAAAUCUCUUAUGGAUAUCUACAACUGA